UUCGGUGUGCAGUAGGGAGGCUUCCCAUUACCCCCCCCACGCGGGCCUCGGGAGCUCCCCUGAUCAGCUCUGAGACCCUACGCUCAAGCUGCCUUCAAGAAUUUGGCCUUUCCUGCUGCGACUGAAGCCGCCUUCCCAACAGCGACCGUUCAGCUGGGUAGCGUCCGGCAGGCGCGAGGCGGCCGCAGCCGCGCCUGGUGAAGACCUAGCGGUGCGUGGAGGGGUGGCUGGGCAGCCUGCCUCUUCUCCUUCUUAGCAAGGGGCUGGCGAGUUACAGGUGACUCUACCUGAAUAUUCCAGCUGCAGAAUGUGUAGUACCUUUAAAGGUUGGCAGUGAUGAGUAAGCUGGAAUUAAAGGAAAACAAGAUGCUGGAGGUUCAGUUUGUGGGAGAUGAUGAUGUUCUUAAUCACAUUCUUGAUAGAGAAGGAGGAGCAAAAAUUAAAAAGGAGCGAGCCCAGCUUUUGGUGAACCCAAAAAAAAUAAUCAAGAAGCCAGAAUAUGAUGUGGAGGAAGAUGACCAGGAAGUCUUAAAAGAUCAGAACUACGUGGAAGUUUUAGGACGAGAUGUUCAAGAAUCUUUGAAAAAUGGCUCUGCUACAGAUGGUGGGAAUAAAGUUUAUUCUUUUCAGAAUAGAAAACACCCUGAAAAGAUGGCUAAAUUAGCUUCAGAACUAGCAAAAACACCAAGAAAAAGUGUUUCAGUCAAUUUGAAGAGUGAUCCCGAAGUUAUGACAGACAUUCCUCAAUGUAGCAAGGGGCAUUCUGCUUCAGACACAGUUCAGUUGAAGAGCAGUGAUAAAAGCGAGUUUCUGUCAACAGCACCUCGUGGGCUAAGGAAAAGAUUAAUAGUUCCACAGUCUCAUUCUGACAGUGAAAGUGAAUAUUCUGCUUCCAACUCAGAGGAGGAUGAAGGGCUGGCGCAGGAAUGCGAAGAGGACACUAAUGAAGUCGUACUGAGCCAAAAGACUCAAGCUCAGAAUAAAGUAGUUUCAGCUCCUGUUUGCAAAGAAACGCCUUCUAAGAAAAUGAAAAGAGAUAAAACAAGUGAGUUAGUAGAAGAAUACUUUGAAGCCCACAGCAGUUCAAAAGUUUUAACUUCUGAUAGAACACUGCAGAAACUAAAGAGAGCCAAACUGGAUCAGCAAACUUUGCGUAACUUAUUGAGCAAGGUUUCUCCUUCCUUUUCUGCUGAACUUAAACAACUAAAUCAACAAUAUGAACAGUUAUUUCAUAAAUGGAUGUUGCAGUUACACUUAGGGUUCAACAUUGUGCUUUAUGGUUUGGGCUCUAAGAGAGAUUUACUAGAGAGAUUUCGAACCACAAUGCUGCAAGAUUGCAUUCAUGUUGUCAUCAAUGGCUUCUUUCCCGGAAUCAGUGUGAAAUCAAUCCUGAAUUCUAUAACAGAAGAAGUCCUUGAUCAUAUGGGUACUUUCCGCAGCGUGCUGGAUCAGCUAGACUGGAUAAUAAACAAAUUUAAAGAAGAUUCUUCCUUAGAACUCUUCCUUCUCAUCCACAAUUUGGAUAGCCAAAUGUUGAGAGGAGACAAAAGCCAGCAAAUUAUUGGACAGUUAUCAUCUUUACAUAACAUAUAUCUUAUAGCAUCCAUCGACCACCUCAAUGCUCCUCUAAUGUGGGAUCAUGCAAAGCAGAGUCUUUAUAACUGGCUCUGGUAUGAAACUACUACAUAUAGUCCUUAUACUGAAGAAACCUCCUAUGAGAAUUCUCUUCUGGUCAAACAGUCUGGAUCACUACCACUUAGUUCCCUAACUCAUGUCUUACGAAGCCUGACCCCUAAUGCAAGGGGGAUUUUCAGGCUACUGAUGAAGUAUCAGCUGGAGAACCAGGAUAACCCUUCUUACACUGGACUCCCUUUCCAAGAUUUUUACCAGCAGUGUCGGGAGGCAUUCCUCGUCAAUAGUGAUCUGACACUUCGGGCCCAGUUAACGGAAUUUAGGGACCACAAGCUUCUAAGAACAAAGAAGGGAGCUGAUGGAGUGGAGUAUUUAUUGAUUCCUGUUGACAAUGGAACACUGACUGAUUUCCUGGAAAAGGAAGAAGAGGAAGUUUGAGGCUCUCCUAUAUUCUUGAAUCUUCUGUGGAAGAGUUGUUGUACCCCAGCUGCCACUCCUCUAGUCUAAAGUGUCGUGUUUACAUCCAACAUUACACUCUUUUUCUGAUGUCCAAGAUUUAAAAUUGGGGGGGGGGCAUGUCAUCAACUAGCACCUUGCUUAGCCUGCUGGUGUACCAUCCUAAUACCAUCCCACAUCUAUGCAGUGGUCCUCAAGCUGGAGAACACGUGCCUUUCAUUCAUUACCUCUCUGGAGACUUCUUGCUGGAAUGAACAGUAUGCUCAGGGACUAUUUGGAACUGGAUGUUUUUGAAUUUUUAUACCAGAGAUGAUAUUAUUCCUAAUUUUUUGAGGGCCCUUUAACACGCCUGGAACUGUUUGCAAACAGGCUUGUUCCAGAGUGUGGAAGCACAAAGACAAUGGCAUCACGUAAAUCUGCUUUUUCUGCUAUUCCGUGUGUCAGAAUUGAUGACUACUUACAAUAGAGAAGGCAGAUCAUCUCUUACUGCUUCUGAAAUGGUUCAACAAAAGGUGUAAGAAGGGGAAAGUAGGUGCUCCAGCUUUUCUCCUUUGGGAUUUAGGCUGCGUGCUGGUAGAGGAAGGAGGAGCACAGUACUGUUUCAGUUGGGAGAGUGGGAAAAACAGGACGUGUACACAGGGUGCCUGCCCAUCCCAGAAAGCACAUGAACAAUGACACAUCAUGCUGCUCGGGACAGUAACGUCUGUGCCAUCACCUUCAUGACACAGUGAGAAGCCAAGCUAGAGAAACAAUCUCGAAUUACAUUUUUUUUUUAAUUUUU